UGCUGUUUCGGGUUCGUUCAUGCACAAUUCACCUACGAAUGUCAGCGACAUCAAAUACUGCAAGCCCAUCUCGUUCAUCUGGAGGCCUAGUGACGCGUGAGGAUGUAGUAUCCGAUUCUGAGCCUGAACGCGCCCAAGCUCGACGGAGACGCAAGGAAGAACGAGCGAAAGCGAAAGCUACAGCAUCGCAGCUCUACAAUUGUGUGGCUACGGAUGAUCGAAAUGCCUCUCAGCAUGUAGCCCAACAAGCUACCAAAGAGCCGCCCAUCCCUGCAGUCUCCAUUGAGCCUUUUCAUACAGAUAUCUCGUGUGCCCCAACACCGCCAUCACCAAGCACAAAUCAACUCAUGCAGAGUAUUUCCCCAUAUACGUCCCCCGAACAAGUCCGCACAAUCAGUUUUGAAGAGUUCGCGUUGCGAAGAAUUCCCUCUCGUAGCGGGACUACGCGCUCUACAAAUAAAGCCUCGCCAUUUCUCAGGGAAAUAAGCACAAAGGUGACUGCUCGUACCAACCCUCCGCCUGGUAAACAAAUGCCAGCGGGCCCAAAGAAGCCAACUGCUAGGAAAAAUGGCACAGCUUUACCCUUGCUGGAUAUAAGUGAUGAUGACUGGCGUAAACUUCAUCUCUGUUUCAGCUGUGGCAUUAGAUGGACGCGACAAAAGACCGUCAACAAGAAAAAAGAGCACAUUGGAAAAUGCGUCAAAUCUUACGAAAUCGCCCGGGACACUAUCGAAGCCCUAAUAAGACAGACACUUGAGGGUGUGCCAGUUCCGAAGGUUCCUGAAGCAGAACCACAACAUUCGCCGAUUCUCCAUGCAGGUACCCUGUUGAGUGAUUGCGUCAGUGCAAGGGAGGCGCAGAGGAGAAGGACGAGGUGUUCUGGUGAAGCUCUCUCAUCUAUCAAAAAUCUGGCGCGUGCCAAAGACGGGAUAAGGAAACGAGCAGAGGAAUUCUUGUCUGCUCACGCUAUAUCAUCAGAUUUCCCGCCCACUCAAGCACUCGCCCCCAGCGCUCUCGGAGAGUUCCCAUCUACGUCUGGCCCCAAAUUAGCUGAGGCGGCGACAUCAAGCAGUCCUGCUUGGUUAUCAGUCCAAAUGCUACCUUCGCCACCCCCGAAUUCUUCCUUGACGAUGGUGGAAGACAACUCCACCUCAACGUCUGGGGAUGCAAAUCUUUCUGCCACGCAGAAGCUCCCUCCUUCGUGUUGUCGCCAGGCUCGUACUUCUUUAUCCACCGGAACCGAGUCCGAGUCUGUCGAAAUUAUUUGUUAUACGCGCAACGAUUCGCCUCAUCCACUCUCCUUGGGUCUCACAGAAACCCCCUCCCCCACUCACAAUAUCGUGAGCCGGCUUGUACAUCCCAUCCCUUCAAGCUAGGCUAACGAGUGCUCGUAGGCAUCUUUCUUCACUGUCACGAAAGGAAAAUCCAUAAAUGCGAUAUCCAAGGCUCUUCCCACAUCCUCCCCCAACUCUAAACAUUCCCCACACCACGUCACAUUCAUAUCGCUCUCAUCGACUGAAAGCAGCCCUGUCACAAAGGGGACCCCAAGCAGAACCAGUCAUUCUCCCGUUGUCAUCACCGAUGAUGAUACACCCCCACCUCACCUUGAAGUGAAGAGUCCCGCCGAGUCCAAACAUCAACUCACACCCGACCCAGCGUUGGAUGAUCUCCACCAAUGGAGCGAAGACAAUUGGGGCCAGGACGCCUGCCUAGAGUGGCACGGCAAUGAUCCAUUCACUCCGCUACUGGAUGACGAUGCAGCGUCCACGUCAUCAGCCUCGUCCACAAACACCCUACAAGU